AUGGGUUUGUAUACUAAGCUCGCUAGCGACAUCAGCGAAGUCGACGUUAUUAUUGCCGGAGGUGGAACGGCAGCAUGCGUUAUUGCCGGCCGUUUAGCGGAGGCCGAUCCCAAUCUGUCUAUCCUUCUAAUUGAGGGAGGCCAAGACAACCGUGGAGUCCAGAACAUUGAGAACCCUGUGUUCUACCUUGACCAUCUACUACCCACAUCCACCACCACUUUGUUCUACAAGGGCAACAAGUCAGAACAUCUCAAUGGACGCGAGUCCAUCGUUCCCUGUGGUGGAACACUGGGUGGUGGCUCGUCGAUCAACUUCAUGAUGUACACUCGUGCUCAACGAUCAGACUUUGACUCUUGGAAGACGCCCGGAUGGACCGCGGAUGAGAUUUUCCCUUACAUGAAGAAGCUUGAGACAUACCACGGACCUGGUAACCCUGAACAUCACGGAUACGAGGGCCCCGUCCAUGUCUCAGACGGCACUUACCGCGCCAAGGUUCCCGAAAGUGAUUUCAUCAACGGCUGCGCAGAAGUCGGUUGGCCUGAGAUCAAGGAUCUUCAAACCCUUGAUGCCAACAACGGUGUUGAAAGGUGGCUGAAAUAUGUCUCCAAGGAGGGUCGCCGACAGGACACCGCUCAUGCUUAUCUUCACGACAAGAUUGGUGAUACCAAAUAUCCCAACCUCCACAUCCUGGUUGAGUCCAAGGUUGUGCGCGUUAUUAUUGAUGAUGAGAAGCGCGCUGUGGGUGUCGAAUACACUCCCAACCCUGUCUUCCAAGCACAAAUAGGCCCAACUCAACACCCCAAGUUGACCGUCAAGGCUCGCAAGCAAGUUAUCGUCUCAUGUGGUGCCCUCGGUACACCUCCCGUUCUUGAGCGAUCUGGUAUCGGUAGCCCUGAGAUUCUCAAGAAGGCUGGUGUCGAAGUCAAACUUGAGCUGCCCGGUGUUGGCCACGAGUACCAGGACCACCAGCUUAUUCUUUACCCUUUCAAGACCAAUCUUGAACCACAUGAGACUAUCGACCGCGUCCUUCGUAACCCUCACAAGCGUCAGGAAUUGAUCGACUCUAAGGACCCUGUUCUUGGUUGGAACUCAAUUGAUAUCUCCUCCAAGUUCCGACCUACGGAAGAAGAUGUCACUGCUCUGGGACCCGAAUUCCGCAAGAAGUGGGACAAGGAUUUUAAGGAUGCUCCUAACCGACCUCUGAUGCUUAUGGGCAUGGUUUCUUGCUUCCUUGGAGAUCCUUCCACCGUUCCUGAGGAGCAAUAUGUCACUAUCGGUAACUACACCGCCUAUCCUUACUCUCGAGGCCACAUCCACAUUACCGGCCCCGAGCAAGAUGACCCUCUGGACUUCGAUGUCGGUUUCCUUAGCGAUGAGCACGACAUCGACUUGAAGAAGCAAGUCUGGGCCUACAAGAAGAUGCGUGAGAUUAUGCGCCGAACCAAGAUGUACCGUGGCGAAAUCGCGCCUGGCCACCCACAAUGGCCCGAGGGCUCCAAGGCUGCCUCAGUCGACCUCACCGAGUCCCUGACCGACGUCAAGGACAUCGAGUACUCCGCCGAGGAUGACAAGGCCAUUGAGCAGUGGGUCCGAAACAACGUCGCCACAACAUGGCACUCCAUUGCCACAUGCAGGAUGGCUCCUCGUGAGGAAAACGGUGUUGUUGAUGAGCGCCUUAACGUCUAUGGUACUAAGGCUCUUAAGUUGGCUGACUUGAGUAUCGCACCUGAGAACGUCGGUGCCAACACAAACAAUACGGCCAUCACUGUCGGUGAGAAGGCGGCCGAUAUUAUCAUUAAGGAUCUGGGUCUUGGACAAGCGGCUUCGCGACUGUAA